AUGACUGGUUCAGAAUUAACAAAUGACCAAAUCAUAGAUCUUAUAUCGGAUUAUAAAAACUUUAAAAGAAUUAUAGAGAAUUCUCUGCCCGAAGAUGAUAGAAGAAGGAACCUAAGCGGACGUAGUAAUAACAACAACUUAUCGAAAUUGUCGAAUGUACAAUUUUGGCAAUUAGCGACUGAUGUUAACAAUGAAUUGAUGAAAAGAUUAACCAACUCGAAGAUCGGUGCAUCACGAAACGAUCUUGAUCUGAAAAGAGGUAAAGCACAAUCUAAACUAUCUCGAUUGGAUGAUACAAAGUUUCAUGUACUAAUCUUUGAUAUCUUUACGGAAACUGAAAAGAGAAAUUUACAUAAUUUGGACAUGAUGACCCAUGUCAACACAUUGAAUAAGGGCGAAUUCAACUUUUAUUAUAACAAUGCAUUGUUUGAUUCUAUCAAUAUCAGCGAUACGUUUAUAAGCGUAGAUGGCAUCAUACCUAUUGAAACCUUACAAGAAUUACGAUCUCAAUGCAUAAUUUAUUUCGAGAAUACACUUUACCGAGCUCCUCCUGGGGAUUCCCCCGCACGUCUACCAAUUCUUCUAGAGACUGUAUUCAAGAUAUCGACAUUGAUAAAUGAUCUUCUAUCCCUUCUAUCAUCACUUUCAUCAUAUGAUUCUUUAGAAAACGAAAUAGUAUACUUGAAAAGCGCUUUAUCUCACGCAAUCACUUCGACAAGGUAUUUCCUUACAUAUGGAGACUUGUUGCCACGAAUUGUACCUCAAUCCUCUAUAUCGGAAGUACUUUUUGCCUUUUGUAAUAUCAUUCAAAUUGUGAAGAUUAAAUCUGCUUCAUCAUUACAUGGUACAUUGGGUCGGGAUAAAGAACUCCACGAUACCAAAACAGCAAUGAAACCAUUGAAGAUUAUUGAAAAAAUGAGAAAUAAGCAAAAUGAUAGAGAUAAAAUACCUUUGAGAAACAAUGCCAAUGGUCCUGUUAGUUCUUCAAUCUCUGAUAAAACCAUUUUAAAGGGUAUGUCCGUGAUUGAAACAUCCACCACAAUUUCCAGUAAUGAGAAAUUCAAUACACCUGUUAAAAAAGGUAAAUUGGUACAAAACGAUGUACAUGGAAAUUCACUGUUGGUAAGUAAAACAACCGAUGCAGGGGUUGCCCCACAGUUGGAAGGUACUAAGGUUUCUUCAAGAGUUAUCACUGAGCUGUCCUCACGAGAUAAUCCAACUUCAAAUAUUGCAUCAACCUUAAACAACUCAGUGCCACAAGACAAAUCAUUACCAUUGAUAAACAAAUUUCGACAGGAUCGCGAGUCAUCACCGUCAAAGAAAACCUCGCACUUCAUCAAUGGGACAUUCGCUGGAACGACGAAGCUUCAUGCAGACAUUCCAACAACUGUAGAUAUACCUGAAUCACCAAAUGUAGCUAGGAUGAAAAAAUUUAAAGAAAAGGUUCGGCAAUUUGGCCCCAACUCUGGCCUUGGGUUAAGAAUAUCUACUUCGGAAGAAGACGUGAAGAACUCUGAAGUGAAGCCGCACAAACGUAAAUGA